CUCUCUCGAAUAACUUCAAUUCGUGACCUGUUGUCGUUCGUAAAUAUAAAAACCAUCUCCAUCAUUUACUUUCAUCCAUUCAUCACAUGUCUACACCACUAACAUCUUUAAACUCUUUUACAUCUCCAUAAUAUCAUUUCUCUUAUCUAUUGAAACUUAUCAACAUGGCUCCCAUCGCUCUUACCUCUGCCCUCACAUCACCCCCAGGUGUCCCAGUUAAAAAAUCCCAGAUCGCCAAUCUCAAUCGCGAUGCCGGACUCAAUCUCGAUGCUGAUGGUUCAUCUACGCCUUACUCUGCUUCUUCUACCGCAGUUUCCGAAUACGGUAGUGAUGCACCUAAAAUCCCUUCUUCACCAUUAAGAACUGAAAUCCUCGAUGCCGCUUUACCCAAACCGAAACCUACAGGAGGGAGGGAAUGGUUCGAUUCAUUGUUGGAAGCAUCUCGACCCACUUUGUCAACCCGAGGUGGAGAAGUUGUAUAUGCCUCUGCGAUCGAAGUGUUGGAAACGGUGGCGAUCCAAAGAUCGACCUCUGUAUGGGUUUACGACGAUGCUUCGCUUAUAGGUUUCGGCGCACGGGCAUUACAACAUGGUCUUGACAAGGUCCAUCCCGUUCAAACAAGACAAGGCGCAGGUUUGGAAAUCGCUGGUUAUUCAAUCAAAUCUUCAGGGACUUUAUCAGUAUUCGCCACCACUUCGACAUUACCUUAUCUCUUACCAAACCUUUCAAAGUUCAAAGACGACAUCAUCAUACAUCUCGCUACCACUGUGACCGAUAAGGAUCUCACUCUCGGCGAUUCGCUCUCCGUUCCCGGAACACUCAAGCUAUUGGCGAAUCUUCCUGAUAACUGGGAUGUCGUAUUCUCCUCGGGGAAGGAAAUCGUUGACACUGCCUCCCGGUUGUAUGAUCAACCGGGUAGGAUCAUUCAUGUGGUCGAAUCCACUUUUUCAGGGAGGGAGACAACGGUUUAUACCUUUCCCGGAGCCUCAAAUCUCCAAGCGACAGAUUUGUCCUUGAUCAAUUCCGAUUCCGAGGAGCUCCUCGUCGCCCCUUCGUCGUACCUCACCUCGGCUAUCGUUUCUUCUCUCACGCCCUCGGUCGGUCUUGUAUCGCUCAAUACUCUCUACCCAUCGUCCGAUGAGUUGUUUGCGGUUCUUGCCGGGGAACGUAGGAAAACUGUUUCCGUUUUGGGCGCCUCCAAAGCGGAUGCUGACGCCCUCAAAGCUGUCAUCUUGUCCAUCCUUUACUCCUCAGCCGGCUCGAGCAAAGCGAUUCUUCCUCUUGUGACCAGUGUCGUUGUCACUUCGCCCACCGAUCUCUACCCUCCAAAUCGGGCCGACAACACAAAGACUGUCGCCUUUUACACCCCACCCCCGUGCCCUCUUCCUCAGCUCGUUUCUCACCUAUUCCUUUCCUCUCCGACGCUCACCACCCGCGUCGCGCAAUUCGGCAGUUCGGGUGCCAGAGGAGUCAAGUCUGUCCUAUCCCUUGCCCCAUCCUCAGCUCCUGCUCGUCCACUAUCGGUGAACGAACCAUCCGAUGUCGUUUGGGUAUCUGAUCCCAACGUACUCAAGUCGACCAAUCUAUUGGAUGACAUUGUCGACGGCGGUAUCAUCGUCUUCGAACUUCCUUGGUCAGUUGAAGAAGUUCCCGUUAAGCUAUCUCGACAGGAAAUCAUCACUAUCAAAGAGAAGAAACUGCGAGUGUUCUUGCUCAACCUUGACCCUUCUCAUCCAUACAAUCAGGCUCGUGAACAAGUGGCUUUCCUCCUUCUGUACACUGGAAAGAAAACUCUCCCUCAAGGUAUUUGGAAACUUCUCGAUACCUUCUACGCUGGUCAGAUUGGACGAGAAGAGAUCGAAGAUGCUCAAAGUUCGCUGGUGGAGAUCACAACUUCAUUUUGGGAGAUACCAGAGUUGGAAGGGGGCAAAGUGGAGAAAGUCAAAACGAAAUGGGAAUGGGAUGCUUUACCAGGUUUCUCCGGCGUUGUCGAUUUCAUGGAAGAUGAAAAACCUCAUCUUGGUCAAUGGGAUAUAGCCGCUCGUCAUCUUCUGUUCCGAGAAGCAUACGCCAUCUCUGAUUCUCCCAAGAUCGCUUCUGCAGAUUCACCACCAGAUGCCGAUCUUCAAGGUUCCAUCUCCGCUCUGCGACCAUCCAUGUCAGACGAAACUUUCUUAGUGAAAGUCUCUGAAAACCGUCGUCUCACUCCAAUGACAUACGAUCGUAAUGUCUUCCAUAUGGAACUUGAUACUUGUAAUACGGGAUUAAAAUACGAAAUCGGUGAAGCUAUCGGUAUACACGGAUGGAAUGAUUCCGCCGAAGUAUCAGAUUUCUGUUCUUGGUACGGUCUUGAUCCAAAUGCUUUGGUUUCUUUCCCUUGUCCAAUUCGUCAAGGUACCACCGAAACUCGUACCGUCUAUCAAUUAUUACAACAGAAUGUGGAUUUAUUCGGAAGACCUGGAAAAGCGUUUUAUGCCGCAUUGUCUAAAGUAGCGACUAGUAAAGCGGAUUCGAUGACGCUCAAGUUCAUUUCGGCUCCAGAGGGACAAGAAUUGUUCAAAAGAAUGGCAGAGAAGGAAACGGUGACUUUUGCGGAUGUUUUGAAGAAGUUUAAAACUGCUAGACCGGGAGUGGAAGGGUUAGUAGGGUUGAUACCGGAGAUUAAACCGAGACAUUAUUCAAUUGCUAGUUCACAAAAGGCCGUAGGAGAUAAAGUGGAGUUGUUGAUUGUGACUGUUGAUUGGGUAGAUUCGAAAGGAUCUCCCCGUUUUGGUCAAUGUACACGAUACCUUGCCGCUCUUAAACCCGGCGACAAAGUAACAGUAUCCAUAAAACCAUCCGUCAUGAAACUUCCUCCCUCUCCUCGACAACCUAUCAUCAUGUCAGGUCUCGGAACAGGUGCCGCUCCAUUCCGAGCUUUCAUGCAACAUAGAGCCUAUCAACGUUCCAUAGGUCAAACCGUCGGUCCAUUAAUUUACUACUUUGGUUCUCGAUAUCGAUCUCAAGAAUAUUUAUAUGGAGAAGAGAUCGAAGCUUAUAUCGCUAGUGGGAUCAUCUCUCACGCUGGAUUAGCUUUCUCUAGAGAUGGGAAAGAUAAAGUUUAUAUUCAACAUAAGAUGAAAGAAGAUAAAAAGAUGUUGGCAAAGUUGUUAAAAGGACAAGGAGAAGAUGCUGCUUACUUUUAUCUAUGUGGACCUACUUGGCCUGUACCGGAUGUUUAUGAGGCUUUGGUCAGUAGUUUGGAAGAAGAAGGUGGGAUGGGUAGAGGAGAAGCGGAAGAAUUCAUAGAGAAGUUGAAAGAUGAAGAAAGGUAUGUUUUGGAGGUUUAUUAGAGAGAAGAUAAUGUGAUAUCUUGUUUUUUGUUUGUUAUUGGAUGAUGCAUGCUUUGUGUUACUUUA